GCAUCUCCAGUGAUUACAAUGUCAGCGCUCGACCGGAAGACGUUGAACGCCCCAUGGUGAGCGGGCUUGUGGUUUUUUUUUUUUGAUCCUCGAACUUCAGUCGGCGGGAGCGAAGUGGCUCGAAAGGAAGACCGCCAAAAGACGCCCACGAGCCGGACGGAGCACCGGGCAUGCCCCGGGCCUUGUGAACAGCCUGUUGGGACACCAAGAUGACGGUGGAUUUUGAAGAGUGUGUCAAAGAUUCGCCCCGCUUCAGGGCAAAUAUUGAGGAAGUGGAGACAGAGGUGGUGGAGAUUGAGGCAAAACUGGACAAGUUGGUGAAGCUCUGCGGCGGCAUGAUCGACGCCGGCAAGGCCUACGUCAGCGCCAACAAACUUUUCAUCGGCGGCAUCCGGGAUCUGUCGCAGCAGUGCGAGAAAGACGAAAUGAUCUCGGAGUUCCUGGAAAAGUGUGGCCAAAGUCUUCAGGAAAUCAUCAACUUCCACAUAUCAACAAGAUUUGAGAGUUUGCAAACUCCAAUCACAUUUAACUCAGGUGUGGCCGAUUCCUUUAGGGACGUGCGCAAGUUCAAGGAGACCAGGAAACACUUUGAGCGUGUGCGUGAGGACGUGGAGAUCGCGCAGGUGAAGAAUGCGCAGGCGCCCAGGACCAAAGCUCACGAGGUGGAGGAAGCCACUUGCGCCCUCAGCGUCGCCCGAAAGUGCUUCCGUCACCUGGCCUUGGACUACGUUCUGCAGAUCAAUGUCUUCCAGGCCAAGAAGAAAUUUGAGAUCCUGGAUGCGAUGCUGUCCUUCAUGCGCGCCCAGUACUCCUUGUUCCAACAGGGCUACAGGCGCCUGGAAGAGGCGGACCCCUACAUGAAGAAAUUGGCAGCCGAGGUGAGCGAAGCAUCCUCUCCCCCCCCCCCCAUCAGGAGCUGCAUGCUGCAGGCCGAGUCCGAGAAGCUGAGACGAGCUUGGAUUCAGGCGGUCCAAGCCAGCAUUGCCUCGGCCUACAGGGAAAGUCCCGACAGCCUUCGCAGCGAGCAUCUGGACAGAGCGGCCUCGCCAUCCACCAGCAGCGUCGACUCGGCCGGCGAGUCGCGAGAGCGCAGCGGCCGUGGCGAUGGCAUCCUGCAGAGGAUCCUGUGCCUACCCGGCAACCAGCAGUGCUGCGACUGUGGUCAGGCCGACCCUCGUUGGGCGUCCAUCAAUUUGGGGAUCCUGCUGUGCAUCGAGUGCUCCGGCAUCCACAGAAGUCUCGGCGUUCACUGCUCCAAAGUGCGAUCGCUCACGCUGGAUUCGUGGGAACCCGAGUUAUUGAAGCUGAUGUGCGAGUUGGGCAAUGGUGUCGUCAAACACAUCUACGAGGGCUCCUAUCACGAAGGGCAAGGUGUAAGGAAAGCCACGGCGUCCAGUUGCAGGCAGGAGAAGGAGGCCUGGAUUAAGGCCAAAUAUGUGGAGAAAAAGUUUGUGAAGAAGCUGAUCGCCGAGCCCCGUCUCCUCAACGGCGACAUGAAGUCGACCCGGCGCCGGCGCGUCCAGAAGUGUCGCAGGCACAACAGCGCUACCGCGGUACCAAAGACGCGGCCGUGGUACAGAGAGGAGCUCCGGAGCGCCUCGCCAGCCAGCCCCUCUUCAGCUGCUGCCAAGUCGAGACGAGAGUCGUUGUUUUGUCCCGCUGAGCUGGAUUCCCUUUUCUCCUACUUCCACGCAGGAUCCGGACCUCGAAGCCUCAGCAGUGACAGCGGUUUAGGCAGCACCGACGGAAGCACCGACUUUCUGAUGAUGGGGCCAAUGGUGGACAGCGUGACGGAAGAAGAAUGUGAGGCAUCCGAAGCCUCGAGCGGCGAGGCCGAUCAUGACACGUCGGACCCGGGGGACAGCGGGCACCUCCACCCCGGGGCGCUCCUGUACAGAGCAGCCAGAGCUCGCAACAUCACCGUCAUGGCCUAAGCGCUGGCGCACGGCGCCGACGUCAACAUGGUUAAUCAGGAGGACCAAGAGAAGACGCCCCUCAUCCAGGCUGUGAUUGGGGGUUCCUUGCUGGCCUGCGAGUUCCUGCUCCAAAACGCCGCUGAUGUCAAUCAAAGAGAUGCGAGAGGGCGGGGCCCCCUGCAUCACGCCACCUAUCUGGGCCACACAGGGCAGGUGUGUUUAUUCCUAAAACGAGGCGCCGCCCAGAACGACGGCGAUGAGGAUGGCCACGACCCGUUGAGCAUUGCGGUGCAGCAAGCCAAUGCUGACAUCGUCACACUGUUGCGUCUGGCCAGGAUGAACGAGGAGAUGCGCGAGUCGGAAGGAGGCUUCGCCCAAGCAGGAGACGCCACGUACCUGGACAUCUUCCGAGAAUUCUCACACAUGGCGUCCCACAAUCCCGAGAAGCUGAAGAGGAGGAGCGUGCACUUCAGGCACUCCUUCAGGUAGCCAAGCCAGGGGACCACCGAUCUAUCCGGACAAAAAAAAAAAAAAAUCAACCCAUGUUGUUUUUCUCCUAUUCUUGUUUUUAUGACACAUACUUUUUGCUUGGUGCUUUCUUUUGUCCACAAGGAUUUGCAGGUCUUAUCCUCGGAUGGAUCUUUUUUUUUUUU